UUGUCCUUUCUUACUGUCUGACAGAGAGAAGAUAAGGGAGUCCAGUAUUGAAGGAUAAGUAGUCUUUCACUAUUUAUAUAAAAGCAAAGUGUUUAAUCUUUCUUUCCUCAUAGGCAGAUUUUCAGUGAAUUGAAGGAAGAAUGUCUUGGUUCCUAGUAGUUCUGAUUCUCAAUCUCACAUUUAGUGGCCUCUCAGAGGCCGGCCAUGACAAGAAUCUUCUUACACCAUUUGUUGUUGGCACUGUCUACUGUGACACAUGCUUCCAGCAUGAUUUCUCCAGGAACAGCCACUUCAUUGCAGGUGCAUCAGUUGCUGUAGAAUGCGAAAAUGGGGAUUCAAAGCCAAGAUUCUGGAAAGAAGUAAGGACUAAUGAGCAUGGCGAGUUCAGAGUUGAGCUUCCAUUUUCAGUGAGUAAACAUGUGAAGAGAAUCAAAGGGUGUACUGUAAAACUGAUGAAAAGCAGUGAGCCUCACUGUUCAGUGGCCUCAGCAGCAACUUCUUCUUCACUCGGUCUCAAGUCAAGAAACCAAAGAGAACACACAUUCUCAGCCGGGUUUUUCUCAUUCAAGCCCCUUCAACAGCCAGAUCGUUGUAACCACAAUCCAAGUAGUGGUCAAAACUCAAAGGAAUUUAAUUCUGUAAAAACCGGGUUCCCUCCAAACUUGCUUCCUCCUCCACUUCAGAAUCCAACCACCCCCAUCGGUCUUCCAAAUCUUCCUCCUCUUCCUGUAGUACCUGAGCUUCCACCAUUGCCUCUACUUCCUCCUCUGCCACCUGUUAUAGGAAUUCCACUACCACCAAUCCCAAAAAAUGAUCAAGAGACCAAAAAAGCUCAGUCUUCAGAUGAGAAGGUAGCCCACCCUGAUUUCUUGUUCCCUCCUAUCCUGCCUCCCUUGAUCCCUCCUAUCCUGCCCCCCUUAAUCCCAAACCCCUUACAGCCACCACCCUUAAUCCCAAACCCCUUACAGCCACCACCCUUAAUCCCAAACCCCUUACAGCCACCGCCAUUAAUCCCAAACCCAUUUCAGCCACCACCCCUAAUCCCUAACCCAUUUCAGCCACCAAGGCCACCACUCAUCCCAAACCCAUUUCAGCCACCAAGUCCUCCACCACUCAUCCCAAACCCAUUUCAACCCCCACCAGCAAGCCCAGCACCGCUGAUCCCCAACCCAUUUCAGCCACCACCUGCAAGCCCAGCACCACUUAUCCCCAACCCAUUUCAGCCACCACCUGCAAGCCCAGCACCACUGAUCCCUAACCCAUUCAAACCUCCACCAUCAAGCCCAUCACCAUUGCUUCCUAUUCCACCAAUACCUGGUUUAACACCAUCUCCACCGCCGCCUCCUCCUCCUGCACCAGUCUUUCCAUUUCCUUUCCCUCCAUUAUUCCCACCGCCUAGCCCUGGUAACCCCCCUUCUUCUUCACAGACAACUACUCCUUGAUGGGAGAUUCUCAUGCGGAUUCAAUCUAUAAAAGAUAAGUAGAAGUAUGUAAACAUAUAAAGAAUGCACCCCACUAGUAUGACUGAAUUGUUUACAUGUCUCUUCCUAAUUAGUUUGGUUUAUCUAUCUUUUAUAGACUGAACCUACUUAAGCAUGACUCUUCCUUGAUCAAAUAGAACCUACUUAUAAUCCUCCAAACAAUUCCUUCCACAUUAAGAAGUUGUUUACUUUCAUUUGUGCAAAUCCUAAUAUAGUUAUCAUAUAAUCAGCAAUAGGUGGGGAUGUAUCUGCAAUAUGCGGAGUGUCUAUUAUUGAAAAAACAGAGACAUUAUUGUUGUAGUAGCAAUAAAUAAAUUUGGGAAUGUCAACAUGUUACAGUUUCAUUCAUGUAAACUCUUACUAUUUAUUUGUUUGUUUUUCCUGAAUUUUUCUUUGAAUGGACACAUUUGUUUCUG